AUGCCACGUGCAAUGGACAAUUAUCUUGAUUUGAAGUUUUUAGCUAUUGGGGAUUCAGGUGUUGGCAAAACAUGUAUACUAAAUCAAUAUGUUGAUGGAAAAUUUACUAAACAAUUAGGAACUACUGUUGGUAUUGAUAUUCGUAAUAAAACUAUUUUUUAUACAUCGAAUAAAACCAACAAAAUAUAUAAUGUUCAAUUACAACUAUGGGAUACUGCUGGUCAAGAACGAUAUCGUAGUCUUACAACAUCAUUUUUUCGUGAUGCAAUGGGUUUUAUGCUAGUAUUUGAUGUAACAAGUGAAACAUCAUUUCUUAAUGUACGCAAUUGGAUAGGUGAAAUUCAAUCGAAUGCUUAUUCGGAAAAUGUUGAUAUGAUACUUAUUGGUAAUAAAUGUGAUUUAGAAGAUGAACGUAUUAUAACAAAAAUUCGUGCACUUGAAUUUGCUCAACAGUAUCAUGUUCAAUAUAUUGAAACAAGUGCAUUAGAAAAUAGGAAUGUUGUUGAAUCAAUUGAAUUAUUAUUAGAUACAGUUAUGAAACGUUUAGAUGGGGAUGAAAAUUUUUCUAAACGAAAUUCAAGUCUACCGACAAAAUCAUCGGAACAAAUUGAACUUGAUUUAUUGAAGAAGAAAACAAAAACUAGAACAGAUCUAUCUUAUUGUUGUAAUUAUUAG